AUGGUGACACGGCUGGCACCGCAACUUUGCGACCAGAAUCAGCCGGUUUCCCCGAACGCCUCCAAUCUCAACUCUUGGAAAGCACCGGGUGGCAGCAUCUCGUCAUGCAAGCGUUGCCUGCUUUGUGCGUUGUUUGCUUUGUCGGUCAUCCUGCUUUGGAAGUGCUACCCUGGCUUCGUCUUUACUCUGAGAUCUGCCUGGCAUUACGUGGAGGAUUUCGUGGACGUCCGUCCUUUUCUCAAGUCCUCCUCCGUCUUGGCCAUCUCGAAUGCCGGGGGCAGUGAGGAGUGCCCACGUCAGCGGAGGUGCUGGUGCUGCCAACGCGAACCCUACCCGCAGCUGACGGCCCCGUCGAGGGGGAGCCAAAAGAGGUCCGGACAGGAUGCUGGGGUCUUCGGGGGCCUGAGCCUGGGAACCGGCCACGUCAGCCCGGAAACCUUCCGGCUCUUCGCGUUUCCGCCGGCGUCUGAGGUUCCGAAAGCUUCCGAGGUUCGAGAGGGGAAGAGCGCCUCCGAGCUUUGGGCCACCAUCGAGGAGUGCAAUGCCUUGCAGCCGGAAUGGUCCCGAGUCUUGCCGCAGCACGUGGUCUUGAGCCAGGACAUGCCCGUGAGCGUCAAAGGCGAGAUCCAGCGGCAGUCGUUGCAGAAACGCAUGGAGCCCACGCUCUCCUGGCUGUUGUUGGGUGGGCCUUCCCCGGAUGCAGAUGCAGCAGCAGCAGCAACCUGGCUGGUAGAAAACCUGGGGAGCAAGGAGCCGUCCUUUGAUUCGCUUGCGAUGGCAAGGGAUCAGAAACCUCCAGCAGAACUUGGCCACUUCUAUUUUGUUAUGAUGAUGGGUGUGUUCCUUUGUCACCAUAAAUUCCUUGUCCGGAGAAUUCUGGAUGACAAGGCUGCCGGGAAUUAUCACGCUCUGAACAAUUUGUGGGGCACCAUGUCCAUGCAAGGAUUUGCGAUGUAUGCAGGGUAUGUGGACGAGCGGGAUUCUCCAACGUUCCGCUCGCUCUGGCAGCUGCUCAUCGUAUGGGUUUUUGGACGUCUCUUAAAAGUAGCGAAACCCGGAGUCGAUAGCAGCUGUGAUUAUCCUUGGUUCUUCAUGUUCAUGUUCUGGGCACGGCUUCUGCACAUUGUCACGCGUUUUCUGCCUACGCGCCGGGCUGCAUGGGCAGUACGGCUUGUGCUUGCAUCUGCCUUACACUUUGGAACAGGCUUCACCGCUGCCAAGAAUUUUCUAGAUAUUGAGGGAGGUGAUCCGCAGCCGCUGGCAGUGGCUCUUGUGCCUUAUACUCGCCAGGCCGGCUCGCACCUGAUUCUGUGGUACUUCGGCUUUGGGGCGCUGCUUGGGUGGAUCAAGCCCUUCUUAGUGAAGACAGCCAGUUGCAAGUGCGGCGCAGCAUUGCUGCUGAGCGCCGUGCUGAAAUACUUCAGCAUCAUAAACUACGAGUACGAGCGCGAUCCUUCCUCUGGCGCAGGCUACAGUGGAAUCGCAGCGGAUGUGGGUCAUGACAUGUUCGUGGACAUCUUACAUUGCUUCCUGUCCUUCCUGGCCCUUCUUUGUGUUCUCAUCCGUGUGCCGCGCCAGAAGAUGGCACAUGGCAAACCACCCAAACUUGGUGAGCGUUUAUCACGGGACGAAAGUCUGGGAAUUGAUCAACUACAAGUUCUCGAUCUUCUUGGGGCCGACAAUCCCGGCAGGCAUUGGAUCGUGGGGAUAUCUGCCGGCCAACCAUGA